CCAUUAUUCCAUUUUUUGUUUUGAAAAUUGAAGCAGCUGUGUCAGUUAAAAGUUGAAAUCAGUCAAAGUUCCUUUUAGUAUAAAAGCUGGAAUAAAUUCACUAAAAUACGCUAAACGGUUGAAAAUGGGUAGUAUCGGUAGUAAGUUUGUCCAUAACCCAACCAAAAAUUCGACGGUUGAGAUUCAUGAUGAAAAAGGCAUCAUUCCUCACACCACCCCGAUCCUAACACCAAAAGUUUCUCGCAAAACUUUGGAAAAACAUGCCUCAGAUCCCAGAUCACCCAGCAAGCACUUUGCUAGGACUCCGUUGGAGAUCCUAUCUGCGGCAGCAGACAAGCUCUCUAAUCUGGCUAUAGAGAGUGAUGAGCCAUCCGUUGAAACUCCCCUGAAACAUCACCUUAUUUUGGGCAUCGACCCUCGUUCUCCAACCCUGGAACUCCAAAGAACACCCAUUAUAGUAGAUAACAAACCACCACUGAAUAUUAAAGAUAAGAAUUUGGAAAGAGUGAAGGGCUGUGCUUUGCUUAAAAGCCCUCUUCAAACUGUGUCUCCUAAAUUGUUGGAAAGUAAUCCUGUAACGCCAAAGAUUAAAAAAGAUACCUAUAAAAGGAAAUCUUUUGUAUUGUUGGAAACUAACGUUGAUUUUACUGAAACCGAUUUCGAUACUGUGAUUAGGGCAAAAUAUCCAGGUGAAGAUGUAGAAACAUGUGAAGAUGACACCCGUACUACUGAUGAAUCAGUUAGUGCAAAUGAGGAAGAAUUAUUGGUUGAAACUAGUCAUGUAGAGAAUGCCAAUGGAGUAGAUGUAGAGGAAAAUUAUAAUCCAGAAACAAUUACAUCAAAUGAGCGCCAAAUUGUUGAAGCUGCAAUGCAAGAAGCCCCUAUUGUUGCAAGUGAAGAAGUAAAAGAAGACCAAAACCCAAUUGAAGAUAUCACCAAUUUUGUUGCAAAUGAAGAAGUUAAAGAAGACCAAAUCCCAGUUGAAGAUAUCAUCAACGAAGAAGUUAAAGAAGACCAAAUCCCAGUUGAAAAUAUCAUAAAUUUUGUUGCAAAUGAAGAAGUAAAAGAAAACCAAACCCCAAUUGCAGAUAUCAUCAACAUCGAAAAAUGCGUACAAGAAAACAUUCCAGUUGCUGAACCUGAACCACAAGAGAAUAUUGAUUUACUACAAAAAGAAGCCACAAAUUCUGCGAUAAUUGCCAAUGUGACCCCUAAAAAAUCUAAAUCUGAACCUAUCACUCCACAUUCAAUCAACGUCACAGCCAAUGUUGAGGAGCUAAAUAAAAAACUCACCAACCUAAUUUUUGAAGAUGAAGAUUUGGUGGUCUUUCCCAGAGUAGUUAAACUGAAGGACCAAAGUCGAACACCAUUGGCUGAGAGGAAUUCCAAUGGAAACUCCAAAGUGGCUCAGAAAUUGAAAGUCAGUGACAAGCCCCGCAAAGGAGAAUACACAGUAAACAGCAAAAUUCCACUUUUUAAAGACAAGAAAAUUAAGGUUCAGUGUGAAAAUACACCUCCAAGGAAUAUGAGGGUUGUUAAAUCUAAGAAACCCCAAUGGGAUGCCAAAGAUGAUACAAUGCUUAUUUAAAUGUGUUUCUUGUUGACUGACUUUAGUUCAUUUGUAUAUUUUUAGUUUAAUUUAGUUUGUAGUAGACCCUAUUUUAUGGUCUCACUUAGGUUUAGAAUUUUUUGUUUGGAAGGCUGUCAAUUAACAUAUUAUUGUCCUGAGAGAAAAAGUGCCUUGGCAUUAUAAUAGAAUAACCUUUAGAUUUAGUUUAUGAUUAUUAUAUUUGUAUUAUAGUCGUUUAUUACCUUAUUUAUUUUAUUUUCAAUUAGAGGCAUUUAAAAUGCACUAGUUUCAUUUUUACUGGAAUACAA